AUGAUGAAAGCAGCACAAGCUCCUGGUGUCGGUGGAAUGCCACUCGGCGGACCAAAUCAAGGUGGCCAUAGUCCUUCACAUCAAAAUCUUCAUGGAGCUACUGGAGGUGGCUCAAGCAGCGGAUCACCUUCACAUUUCCUACCUCCUGGACAUAGUCCAACACCGUCAAGCACGCCUGUUUCGGAGCUUUCGCCAGGUUUAAGUCCUCCAUCAUCACAAACAGCCGCACCAUGGGAGCAAAAACCGCCACCAUCUCAUUGGAAUGGUCCGCCUAAUAAUGGAAUGGGACCAACACCUGGUGGAAUUCCACAAAUCGAUCAUAAACCACCUCAAAUGGCUCCUCAAACACACGUCCCGCCACAGCCAACCCAUGCCCCACAAAUGGGUGGUUACAUGCCACAGUAUUGGUACCAGCCGGAAACGAAUCCAUCAUUAUUAACAGUGUGGCCAGCAGUUUAAUGAAAUGCUUUUCUAAUAUCCCUCACGUUCAAAAUAGCAAAAAAGAAAAUUCUAAGAUUCUAAAUCAUGAUAACUCACGGCACAGAUUUUCAUGAAAAUAUUUAGAAAAAUAUUUUGUUUUCUUUGUGAAGCAAAGUCUCUAGUUUAGUUGAAACUGAAGUGAAUGGAAUUUAAAAUUAAUCAAGCUUAGAAGAAUUGAAGAAUGUUGAUAAACAAUAAAUACCUACAUGUAAAUAAUUUUGAUAUUCGAUAACAUAAAAGAAGAAGUUAAUGAAAGUUUCACAAGUUGUUCGUUGUACAGUAAAAUUAUAUUUUGUAAAUUAAGUGCUUGACAUUUUAAGCGUUGAAUUAAAGACGAAAAUAAGCAAAAAUAAAAGCUUAACUUUAAUUUUUUUAUUACAUAACAAAGUCCUGGGAUC